AAAAGAAAAGAGCGAGUAAAACCCAUUAUAUAUUAGGAAAAAAAGAUACGGUUAGCGGAAAAUCAGUCAUUUGUGAAAUCAAAUUGAAUAAAAUCAGCAGGUUCAUAUAUGUUUUACCAGAAACUGGUAAAAAAUUCAUUGAAGAAGAAAUAAAUUACAUACGGGAACAAGAAAAUCGCUAUCAAACAGAUGAAGAAAAUAUUGAGGUUUCAGAGCAUUUGGAAGAACAACAGUUUUCAGAUGAACUAUCUAGAUAUUCUGGCUCAAAAUCAGGUACCCAAACUGAGCAAAAUGAAAACAAAAAUAACAUAUUUUUAUUCGAUACAGAAACUUCAUCGGAACGUUGUGAAAAUUUUGAAUCUAGUUUAUCAGAAAUCAACAUCAAAUAGUGUGCUACUUGAUAAUGAUCCAUUAGCUCAUGCUUCAUUUACGAAUGGGAUUGAUUUAGAAGAUUCCAAAAUGGAAUUACUGAUUGAUAAUAUGGAAUAUCAGAAGGUACCUAACGUCAAAACAGAUGAAUAUACGAAUGUUUUAGUCAACUAUGAUAAUGCAUGUUCAUCAGAAAAAUAUUUCGUCGUGGAAGAAAGUGAUAGUGAAUUGAAUAUUGUUACACAUGUUCAUAGUUUUUCAAUUGAUUCAAAACUUUCAAAUCAGGAGAAAAAUGAUGACCAAAAUGGUUCUUUAGAAAUAAAACCUAUAAAGAAAAUAAUAGUAUCAGCAGAAGAUAUCGCUGACCUCGAAACUGAAAAACAGAAAGAAGAGUUAAAAGCUCAUUCAAAGAAAAUAAUUAAUAUAUUACAAGACAUUUCUCUCUCAAACCUUAAUACUGAUCACUACGAUGAAGGCAAAAAUAGUUCAGAUCCAAUUUUGUCUGAUUCAUCUACAGAACCUUAUUGUGAUAGUGGAAGUGAGUAUUUACCUUCUGAUAGAGAAGACGUUCCUGAAAAAUUCAUGAGAACGAAGUGCAGAAAACAAAUACAGAGGAAGUCAACGUUGGAAGAAAAUAUUGAAGCAAUGAAACCAUCUUUUGAAAACAGUGUUUACUCAAAUAGUGAAAUAGUAGAAAAAUUGCAGAAUACUACUUCAAGUUGUUCAAAAUUCACUGUACCUGAUAAAAAUUUGAAUGUGAACAUAUCUCUAGAUGUUGCUGAAAUGAAGGACAAUAAACGAAUAUAUGACAAAACACACUGUUGCUACAUAUGUCAUCAGAAGUGUCUCAAAAUGGCUAGGCAUUUGGAAUUGAAACAUCAGAAUGAGCUUGCCGUUGCACAGAUUUUUGUUAAAGAAAAAAAAUCUUCAGAGAGAAGAAAAAGUUUCUUAGAACUCAUAAGGGUUGGCGAUUUCUAUCACAAUAUGGAGGUUCUGUCAUCUAAAACUGGACAACUGAUUCUGUGUAGGCGUCCAUCGGCCAUUUGUGGCCGUUUGCUCUCAUAUAAUGAUUUUGGACCUUGUCCGUAUUGUUUAGGGUUCAUGAACAAAUCUCUUUUGACACGAUAUGUCAAAGCAUGUACAUCACACAGAUCUGAAAAUCCUAAUACAAAGAAAUCAGUUCGUGUAGCAAGUAACGCACUUGUCAAUUCCAUGCUCUUCAAUGGUGAUUCAAAAUUUAGGAGCUUCAUUUUAGACACAUUAUGCCAUGACGAAAUAUCUGAAAUCUGCAAAACUGACAACGUUAUACUCGGUGUUGGAAUGCAACUUUUUGAAAAACAUUCUAACAGCCAGAAAGAGCUUAUCAAACAGUCGAUGCGACAGUUAGCGAGGCUUCUCCAAGUCAUUAGAGAAAGUGAUUCAGAAUUUGCAAAUAAAAAAUUGGAAUAUUUCAUCGACCUCACAUAUUUUGAUAUAGAAGUCAAUUCUGUGAAAACUUCAUGCAAAGCAAACUUCAGUUCAUCAGAGAAAAUGGAAUAUGACAUUCCAUCAUUGGCUUUAAAAAUUGGUCAUAAUUUGAGAAAAAGUGUAGGAUUUUUGAGGGGCCAAGCUUUAAGAGCAGGUGAAUUUCAGGAAGAUAAAAAAUUAUCCUCAUUCUUACAACUUUUGGAUUUGGAAUGGGAAGUGCGAAUUUCAUCUAAUGCUCUUUCUACCUUAACUAAGAGAAAGAUCAAUAGUUCAUCACUCCUACCUCUAACACAGGACCUAUUGAAGUUGAAUGAGCAUAUUAUGAAAGAAAUAGAAAUAUUCAAAGUGCUACUACAAAAUAAUUCCUGUGAGACAACGGCUUGGCUUCGUUUAGCACAACUUACUUUAACCAGAAUAAUUUUAUUUAAUAAACGAAGAGCUGGAGAAAUGUCACGUAUGACAAUCAAACAAUAUUCAUCUUGUCCAGAUUGGUCGAAAGAGUCAACUGUAGAAUUGCAAGACAGUUUGACUUCAUUCGAAAAAGAGCUCGCAAAUAGCAUGAAACUCAUACAAAUACCUGGGAAACGUGGCAGAACGGUACCUGUUCUACUUAGGGAAGAAAUGGUUUCUAGUAUUAAUCUUCUUAUUUCAACGAGAAUGUCGGCAGGUAUAAAUUCAAGUAAUUCAUAUAUAUUUGCAAGAUCCCAUAAGGACUCAAUGAGUUAUAUUAGAGGACCAGAUGCUUUGAGAUUAAUUGUUGAAAAUGCUGGCCUCAGUUCUCCCAAAUCUAUUACUAGUACAAAACUGAGGAAAUAUACUGCAACCGUAUGUCAAGUUUUCAAUUUACAAGAGAGGGAAGUAGACUGGCUGGCAAGACAUAUGGGACAUGAUGUUCGUGUUCACCGAGAUUUUUACAGGCUACAUGAAUCAGCAGUAGAGUUAACUAAAAUCAGCCGCAUCUUAAUGGCCAUCGACUCGGGGGAAGUUUCUAAAUUCAAAGGACAAUCUCUCGAUGGAAUCAAUUUGCAAGAUUUACCCGAUAUUACAGACAGUGCAGAUGAGUCUGAUGAAGAAGACAAGCCAGAUGAAGAGGAAGAUAUUCUUUCCAUUGGAACAUCACGACAAUCAAAUAAAACAAAAAAGAAUAGUUCUACGAAUGAUGAUGAACCAAUUAAGAAAAAGCGCAAGGGACAUCGGCCUUGGACACAAAAUGAAAAAAUAGCAGUUACCAACUUCUUCCGUGUUGCAAUAAAAAAGAAGAUUGUUCCAGGAAAGGUUAUGUGUGAAGAGUGCAUACGAAAUUCUGGGGAAGUGCUAAACCAAAGAAGAUGGACAGAUAUAAAAUAUUACAUCAAAAACUAUAUUACGAAACUUAACAAAAUAGCGAGGGCACCAACACCUCAUUAGUACUGGCGUUAAUAUUUUUUCAAGAACAAUUUCAAUUUUAAUUUUAUUGUAAUCUAUAUGAUUUCUUCAUUUUCAUCGUAUAAAUAAUAUUAUUCUAUCUUCAAGCACAUUUCAGUCAAAUGUUCCCACAACUCCAAAAAACUUCACACCCAUAUUGUUCAAUAUAUGAAAAUAAGAGCACAAAUGAUUUUAAUUUUAGAGGGCGCCACUAAACGAUGAAUUAUAGUGACCUCACAAUAGUUACAUUAUUGUUAUCUCCACACACCAGACCUUUAUUUACCGCUGUGGGGACAGAAAAUUUUUGACGGAAAUAUCACGAUGUCAUUGACUGUGAUGGUAACUACUGAGAGAAAUGAUAGCGUGAUAAUGAAUAAAUGAUUCCUACCAAAAAAUGAUUCAAUAAGUUGAAAAAUGAAAGAAGUAUACCACAUUUUCGUUAAGGGGACGAAGGUAUGUCCCCUGUACUUAGUAUAAGUUGUGCAAGUCCCCACAGCUCCGAAAAAAUUCACA